CUUCAGGAUAUCAACCAGAAACUGACCAAUUGAUCAUCUCAUCAUGCCUGCUCCUAUCUAUCUCGGUGUUAUUGGCGUCGGAGGCGUAGGAACCUCCUUCCUUAGCCAGCUGGCCCGUCUGCCCAACGCCCCGCAACUGAUCCUCCUCGCGCGGUCGACGCAGACCCUCCUCUCCCCGACGCCCUCCUACACGCCCGCCAUCCCCGCGGCGGACUGGAAGACCGCCUCUGCGGAGCCGCAACUCACCAAGUCCGGGGCGCUGACGCCCGACGAGAUCGCGGCGUACCUGUCCUCAGCGCCCGGGCGCUCCAUCCUGGUGGACAACACGAGCGACCCGGCGCUGGCGUCAGCGUACCCGACGUUCCUGCGCCAGGGGAUCUCGAUCGUGACGCCGAACAAGAAGGGCUUCUCGUCGGACCUGGCGCUGUGGAAGGCGAUCUUCGCGGCGGCGGCCGAGGGCAAGGCGCUCGUGUACCACGAGAGCACGGUGGGCGCGGGGCUGCCGGUGAUCUCGACGCUGCGGGACCUGGUCGCCACGGGCGACGAGGUCACGCGCAUCGAGGGCGUCUUCUCCGGCACGCUGUCCUUCCUCUUCAACACGUUCGCGCCGGUGGGAUCGUCCAGCUCCGCCAAGUGGAGCGAGGUCGUCGCCCAGGCCAAGGAGCUGGGCUACACCGAGCCCGAUCCCCGCGAUGACCUGAACGGCAUGGACGUCGCGCGCAAGCUGACCAUCCUCGCCCGCAUUGCCGGCUUGGAGGUCCAGAGCCCCGACUCCUUCCCCAUCGAGUCGCUCAUCCCCAAGGAGCUGGCUGAUGUGCCCUCCACCGCCGAGGGCAUUGCCGAGUUCAUGAAGCGGCUGCCCGAGUUCGAUGGCCAGAUGACCGCCAUCAAGGAGGCGGCCGAGAAGGAGGGCAAGGUCGUGCGCUUCGUCGGGAGCGUCGACGUCGGCGCCAAGAAGGUGCGCGUCGGCCUGGAGAAGUUCGACAAGGACAGCGCCAUCGCCGGCCUCAAGGGCAGCGACAACAUCAUCAGCUUCUACACCAAGCGGUACGGCGCUAACCCCUUGAUCGUGCAGGGUGCCGGCGCCGGCGGUGAUGUCACUGCCAUGGGUGUGUCGGCGGACCUGAUCAAGGUCAUUCAGCGGUUGCAGUAGAUUUGCGGUUGGGUCUAGAUAAAAGUUUAAGGAUAGUGGAAUACUAUGACGAU